GGGGGGGGGGUAAUGUGGUGGUGUUUUCCUCCUGCGUGCAUCAGUGAGGGAGAGGGGAGUGUGAUGGUGGUGUUUUCCUCCUGCAUGCAUCAGUAAGAUGUGAAGAUGGCGGAGCUGCAGAUGCUGCUGGAAGAGGAGAUUCCUGCUGGUCGAGGAGCUCUGCUGGACAGCUACGCCAACCUAGAGAGAGUCGCCGAGUACUGCGAGAGCAACUACAUACAGUCUCCAGAUAAGCACAGAGCUCUAGAAGAAACCAAAAGCUACACCACUCAAUCUUUGGCCAGUGUAGCGUAUCUGAUCAACACUCUCGCUAACAAUGUGCUUCAGAUGCUGGAUAUACAGGCGUCUCAGCUACGCCGCAUGGAGUCGUCCAUCAACCACAUCUCAGAGACGGUGGACAUCCAUAAAGAAAAGGUGGCCAGGCGAGAAAUUGGCAUCCUCACCACCAAUAAGAACACUUCCCGCACACAUAAGAUCAUUGCACCAGCCAAUCCUGAGAGGCCUGUACGUUACAUCCGCAAACCCAUUGACUACAGUAUGCUGGAUGACUUAGGCCAUGGUGUAAAGUGGUUACUAAGGUUUAAGGUCAACGCCCAGAAUAUGAAAGCGGGUACAACUCCACGCACAGCCGCCCCAACCCAGAAACCACCCAGCCCUCCCGGCCCGGGCAAAGGAACCCUGGGGCGGCACUCCCCUUACAGGACGCUCGAGCCUGUGCGUCCACCUGUCAUCCCUAAUGACUAUGUGCAGAGUCCAACACGAAACACCGCACCACCCCUACAGAGCCCAGCUAGAACUGCAUCCGUUAAUCAGAGGACCCGCACUUACAGCAGUGGCAGCAGUGGUGGCAGUCAUCCCAGCAGUCGCAGUAGCAGCAGAGAGAACAGUGGGAGUGGAAGCGUGGGUGUGCCCAUCGCUGUGCCAACCCCUGCCCCGCCCACCACCUUUCCUGGUACAGCACCUGCCCCUCCCAACCCUCCGAACCCUCCCAAACCCCCUCCGAGCGUUACUAUUCCUGCCCCUCCCGUACCUCCACCACCUCCCACCCCAGAGCCAGUGCCCCCUGCCCCUGCCCCGACCCCUGCUGUGCCAGCAGAGGGCCCUCCCGAAAUACCACCACCCCCACAGCUGCCCCCCAACCUCCCUGUUUGCACCAACACCAACCCUGCUGCUGCAACUAGCACUCCCGCUCAAGGCAAUGGUCCUCACUUUUACAGUAUGAACCGACCAAUGACACGGCAGACCACGCCCUCAGUGGGAGGUUCCCUGCCCUAUCGUCGGCCGUCUUCAGUUACUGGACAGCUCAACAACAUGCCUCAGAACACAAAUCCAAACAUGAUCCAAAACCAGCUAAAUGGAGGGCCACACUACAACCAAAACCAAGUCCCUAUGGCCCCUCCACCCCCCUCUAUUCUCCAGAUCACCCCCCAGCUACCGCUCAUGGGCUUUGUUGCUCGGGUUCAGGAGACCAUCUCAGAUGCUCCUCCACCGCCGCCUCCGGCAGAAGAGGUGGAGUUUGAGGAAGUAACCCCGCCCCCACCUCCUCCAGAGGACUAUGAGGACGAGGAGGGUGAUGAAGAGGAAGAGUCAGCGGUGGUGGAGUACAGUGACCCCUACGCUGAAGAAGACCCACCAUGGGCCCCUCGAAAUUACCUGGAGAAAGUGGUGGCUAUUUACGACUACACGCGCGACAAAGAAGACGAGCUGUCCUUCCAGGAGGGGGCGAUCAUUUACGUCAUCAAGAAGAACGACGACGGCUGGUUCGAGGGCGUGAUGAGCGGCACCACGGGCCUCUUCCCCGGGAACUACGUUGAGUCCAUCAUGCAUUACGCUGACUGAGCCAGCGGGUGGCACCACUGCUCCUCUCCAUCAUCUUCCUCAUUCUUUUGAGAUCGCACAUACACACACACAAACACAAGUGAGUUUAGCUACACUACGUCAUGCACAAGCUUGUUGCAGACAAACAGGCUGAGAACUUGCGGUGGCGACGGUUUUAACAGGAAAAAACAGUUCAGAUGUGUAAGAUAAAUACAUUAGGAACAUUUAUUCAUCUCUUAAUUUCAGUCUCUUAGAAACAUGUAUCAGAAAAGUGUUGGUUUGCUUGACUUGUGUUGAUGGUGAUCGCUUUGCUUUCGCUCCUAUCUGUCUCUAAUCUGGAGGAAUGGGUCUGACUAGCAGGACAGGUGCACUUUCUUGUGGAAGACGGCCAUCUUGGAUGUGCAUGUUCCUUUUACAUCACCUCUUAACCGUGUGCUGUCCACUGACCAGCAACUAACAGAAAAAAACUUUUGCCAAGAAUGACAGAACAGGGAUUUUAUGCAUAUUAUGGUGCCAGCUAAUAUAGAGAGAUGCAUGGGUUCA